CUCGAUGAAAUUUGUUUGCAUUCGAAUAUUUCGGAGAGCCCAAGCCCAAUAUUUAAAAGACAAAUACACAUUUUAGAAAAUACUAGUACUACUCCAUAUUGGCGGCCGCUGCCUGCACCUAAUGCUUACAUUCACAAGUUACAACUCACAAACACCACACACUCUCUCUCCACCAAAACAAUGGCGAUCUCAACACCACCCACUUUCAAUCUCUCCUCCGGAAACCCUAAUUCUUCUUCUCUGCCCCACCUCAAGCUCACCUCCUGCAAUGUCAAUCCAUCAAUCUCCUACUCCCAAUCCCUCAAGCUCGACCGUAAUUCCCGAUUCCUAACCGCCGCCACCGCUUCCCCGUCCUCCGCCUCCCCCGGUACCAACUCAUUUCACGGCCUGUGCUACGUCGUCGGAGACAACAUCGACACCGACCAAAUCAUCCCCGCCGAGUACCUUACCCUCGUCCCUUCCAACCCCGACGAGUACGAAAAGCUCGGCUCCUACGCCCUAAUCGGACUACCCGCCUCAUACGGCGCCCGAUUCAUCGAACCCGGGGCCACUAAAACAAAGUACGCAAUCGUUAUUGGCGGCGAUAACUUCGGCUGCGGCUCGUCCCGUGAGCAUGCUCCCGUGGCGCUGGGAGCAUCCGGCGUGGCGGCGGUGGUGGCGGAAUCGUACGCCAGGAUCUUCUUCAGGAAUUCGGUCGCCACCGGAGAGAUUUAUCCGUUGGAAUCGGAGGGGAGAUUGUGCGACGAGUGUACGACUGGGGAUGUGGUGACUAUCGAGCUUGGUGAGAGUAAGCUCAUCAAUCAUACCACGGGGAAAGAGUAUAAGCUGAAGCCCAUCGGGGAUGCCGGCCCUGUCAUCGAGGCCGGUGGGAUCUUCGCAUAUGCCAGGAAAGCUGGGAUGAUCCCUUCUCGCGAUGCCUGAAACACUUUUCCGAAUGAAGGAACAAUUCCAAGGAUUGGAGCGGACAUGCCUUUGCUCGAUUGUUAUGAUUUCGGCUAAGGAAAAAGUGGGAGCAUUUUCUGAAAAUUCCCGGUGAAUUUGGAACUGCAGAGUUCGGUGAAUUGGGUCUCUUUUGGGUUCUGGGAAUCUCACUACUUUAUGGGCAAUAAUAUUGAGGAAUCUUCGAUUGUCAAAGAAUCUAAUAUUUGAGGAAUCUUGAUCUGAUGAAGGCUAACUUGACAGCCCUAUGUCUUGUUCAUUGAGCUCGUGGAUUGGGGAAAUGGACAUCCAGCCCUGCGAAAAAAUACGAGGGGGAAGACUCAUUUCUCAAUACUUUAUUUUAAAUGCAUUCUUUUCUGCUUACAAUUUCUUACGAUUUUGUUUAAAUUGUUGGGUGCAAGAGUAUGUCAGCACUGCUAAUGGAGCAUGAUAGCCCUACCAGGGAUCCCGCGGUUCAAUGGGAUUGCCAACCUUCUUCGGUGCAAUGGUACACAACCUUGCGUUUGUUCAUGGGAAUUCGGGAGUUGAGGGGCUGUGGUGCAAACACUUGGGGAAUUCUUGGACAAAUAAGGAGCCACAUGACAGCGCGGCAUAUAAUCUAAGGGAAUCCGAAGCUGAAAAGGAUCAUUGACCUGGCAUGGCAUUGAGAUGCUCGCUAUGUUUAUCAAUGACCACUACCAACCCAAUCUUUGAAUAAAAAAUUAUUUUUCUCUC